AUGGAAAGAACAAAGUCGGUGGUGGAGAUUGAUCGCGACAAGAAGGUUACGCAUAAGGAACAUAUAUUGCAAUUGGUGGAAUGCGAUUCGAUCGUUUCUGCUGAUGUUGUGAACGCCAUCGGUCGAGUGACCGAAGUUGUUCGAGCUGCUGACGAAAAUGCCCCGAGCAGCGACGAGCUCGAUGAGAACCUGGAGGAGCAGUACAAAGACCUGAACUUCUUCCUCGAUCUGCCAGACGACACUUAUUCUCUGACUGAGAUCAGACCUGAGCUACCAACCUGCGUUAGGUAUGGCGUUCGAUCUGGAUUGACUCACAUAAAUAUGCCCAAGUUCUCCCCUUUAUCCAGAGGUCAUCAGGGUGGAGCGACGGCGAUAGCAGCGUUCGCCACGACAACAGUCUACAAGUCUCGUUGCUGGAACGAGGCAGUUAUCGAUCAGAUCAUCGAGGACGGGGAUACGUUCUACUGUCAGUCCUACAUGGAAAUAAACACCGACGAUCGACGACUGUUGACUAUCCUCGAUCUCCAGAGGACGCUAUGUGUCCAGGACAAACUAACCGUAAACGUGAGCAUCGAAGACGCGGCGUACGCCGGAAAAUUCCGGUCCACGGAACCGACGGAAUUGCACCUGGUCAAAGCUCUGGAUCUGUUCUUCAAACGUUACAACGCCGGCAUCCUGUGCUCAACCGUGUUGAAUAUAGCGAUCUGGAAGGACACCAAGUACUACAAUAUCUUUGACGGCCAGGCCAGAAAGGAGAAUAGCGAGCCCGCCGCAGACGGUGUUAGCGGGACCGCGAAGCUGUUCCUCGUGAAGGACUUAAUAGGAGUGUUGUUCAUUAUUCUCGAAAAAAGUUACGUUCAGAAUGAGCCGUUCGUCCUUUACGCGAUAGCCAUUAGCGGGGUGGACCAUUAUACACAACCAAUUUCCGUGGACGAUACGGAGAAGGUCUACACUCACGCGGUCGAAAGACGACCAAGUGGUUAUAAGGUGCAGGAUAAAUAUCGAGCCGUGGUCCAAGGAUCUUACCACAUGAUGCACCCAGCAAUCCCAGCGGUGUUACGCGGCCGUACCCACAUGAUCAUCGCCUUAGCCGCUUUGGUCUACUCUAGAUUGGUGAACGGUAACAAAUGGACUAGCGCGUUGGUAGACCUGAUCUUCAAUCAGUCGAAUAUAUACUUCAUCGACCUGGUACGGGUCCUAGACAAGAAUCUGAACGACGAGGACUUCGAACUGAAAAUGGACGAUGCCAUGGGCGAUGUGAUACUAGGCGUUUAUUCCGCCAAAGUGAAGAUUCGAACGAACGUAGUUCCAGGCUACGGACAAAAAAGGGGCAAGGUAGCAUUCGACACCGGGGUGCGAGAGUUCUUUCAGUCACAGGUGUGCGGGUUACUCGAGAUCAAGGGUAUUUAUUACGCCAUUUGGAGACACGACGACACGUACUACUUCAUGGAUCCUUACGCGUGCGACGACGAGGGGUUUAGAUCCGGUACAGCUGAAAUUGAUGGAACGGAUAAGCUUGGGGAGGCAGCCUGCGUAACGAUGAACAGCUCUGUCAACCAGGUGCUGGAGACUAUCAUGGAGAACACUGGUAGCAGGGAGAGGGAUCCUUUCAUCAUACACGGGGUCAGAGUCCUCUACGUGAAGACUGGGACCACACCUGGUGGUCCUUUGGAGAGAGUAAUUUACCGAGAGAAAGGCACCAAUCGCAGGCCCCUUGCCCAGCAUCCGUUAGUUGCUCAGAAACCCAGUGAGAAAGUGGAUGUGGAAGAGAGCGUGGAUAUGAGACCAAUGAUACGACCGGAGAUGAAUAAAACGAAGGACGCUGCGGUCCAGGUUCCUCCUUUGAUGAAGGACGCGGAUUUAUAUAUGAUGCCGGAUGACGAGCCAAGGACUUACGUGGUUCUACCGCCAGAAGAGGAGAAGGAACCAGUGGUGGAAUUUGGAGAAGAGGAGGAGGACGAGGAUACGAUGAGGCCGGACGAGGAUGAAUUCACGGAGGACGAAGAGGAGGAGCUGAAGACUGAGGACCUAGAGGAAGUGGAGAAACCGGUCGAAAAGGUCGUUAGAGGAUACAUAAAGAUAAACCCGAAUCGCUUGGUAGUUCAGGGCUCCAAGAACUGUUUGGACGAUGGAUUUGAGAUUAGGUCAAGGGGAAAGCAGGGGUUGGUGGCGGCGAUGACGGCGAUGGCGUACAGGAAGCUGAAGGAUCCUAAACGCUGGAGGAACAUGGAUAUCGAUCAAUUGAUAGAUGUCAGCGAUAAAACGUACGGUGACAUUGUGGAAUGGAUCCGGAAAGGGAGUCCUGCUAUAGUGGAUAGAAAGGAGGAAGUGAUGGGCGAAGAAGAGGAGGAAGAGGAAGAGGGAGCUGAAGAAGAGGAAGUAGACAAACUACUACCGAUACCGAGCCAUUUGAACCUCAAUAUGCUUCCGGUUAGGUUGAAACUGGGCGAGAACGACGUGUUUUUCAAAACGAAGGCGAAUGUCAUUCAAGGAGAGGCUGUUCCCCUCGCGAACCUUGCGGAGGCUCUCGAGUGUUACUUCAAGAGGUAUAACGAACUGGUGUUGGAGAAUAACAAGCUAAUGUACGGUAUUUGGAAAGACGGCAGCCAGUACUUUAUGUUCAACCCGUAUGGUAGCGACCCUGAGGGCUGGCGGCUUCGCGACUACCCCGCUUCGUUCGCCGUAGUUGGUAGCCUGAACGAGCUGAUCGAUCUACUGUACGGUGUGAUCGAGUUUAACGAUCCCGGUUUUACAAUUCACUUCGUCGUGUUGGACUCGAUUCAACCUGGCAAAUACGCGGUCGAGUACGAAAUAAUUGUACCACAUGAUGACCUCGAGCUGUUCAAGACGAGAUUCCUACCAAUCACUGACGAGGAUCUAGAGAAGCUAGAGGCUGAGCUGAACCCGGAGGUAGAAGAGGAAGAAGACGUGAUCGAGGUCGUUAUGGACGAGGAAGAGGAGGAAGAAGAGGAAGAGGAAGAAGAAGAAGGGAAACGAAAACCGAGGGCUGGGUUAUUAGUCCACGUGGAGAAGCCUAUAGUCGAUCCUUUGCUCGAGAUUCGAGAGAAGGAUCAAUCCGACGCGCCCUAUAGAUUAAAUUUAGCUUUACUCACGGCUGGCCUGAAGAUUCCCGAGGAAACCGAGGAAGACAUGCAACGUAUACACGAACAGAAAGCUUUGGAGCAAUUGAAGUACGAGCAUCCUCCUCCGUAUGUUAUGCCGUCGAAUAAAACCCUGAAGAAGCUUCUCGACGCGAAACGGGCGAAGAGAUCAAUUCCCUCGUUGGUGUCCAGGUUCUCCAUCGAUUCUAGAUUAGAUGUUAAGAAGAAGGGUGGCAUGUCAGCCAUACAUCUAUCUAGAUCAACCAUCGUAGCGACGAGUUUCGGACCUGGGGCGGAUAAAUAUGUACCCUCGAAGAAGAUUAACUUGUGCCCGAAGAGGUAUUUGUUCUCCAGGCUACUGCCGAUUUGUCUGAUGCCCAUGAGGGCCAUCGAUGAUCUCUACAUUCAGUAUGACGAGCGAAAUAGAACUUUGGAGGAAAAGGUCAAAGAUGCGAAUUGGCAGGAGGAUUUGAUUCGCGAGGAGGUGCCGGAAGCACCUGUUGGAAUUCGUAUUCGUCCGGUUUUAAUACCGCUCGGACCAACUAUUAGAACACCGAUGCCGGAGAAGAAAGUUGGUAGCUGUAAUGAAAAGAAGAAACGAAAGUGCAUGUUGGCUAAGGGUGACGUGGGGGAUACGAUUAUUGAGAAGAUUCUUUGCAAUACCGAGGACUUGUUGUUAGAAUUAUUUUUUCCUGAUUUCAAAGUGAAUGACCAGUUACAAUCGGAGGAUCAAAAUGCAGAUUCUAAGCAUAAAGCUUCUCAUAAGGAAUCAACGGAUUCGGUAGUGACCACGAUUCGAAUGAAAGUUCCGAAAAAGAAACAACAGAAGCAGUCUAUUGGGCUGAAAUCAACUUUGUUUUCUAUCGUGUGUAUAUAUUUAAAGGUUACCGACGAUGGAAUUCGAAUACUCCAAGGUAAUAUGUGCCUCGAGAACCGCGCUGAGAACGAAGCCUGCCAUUUCAAGUCAUGCUUCUUUUCUGCCUUGCUGUGUAUCCUGACGAAGAUCAAGUUGGAUCCAGACAAGUUCCGUACAAAUACUCUAGAUCAGUUCAUCUACCUCGGGGACAAGAUUUACCAAAAAACCGGGAAACUCCGUUUCAAACCGUACCGAUGGUUUCACCACAUCGAGAUCCUUCACACGAUUUACAACGUGAUCACCAAACAAGCUAUUUAUGCUGAUCCAGACUACUCCGAGGACGACGAUCUCGUGUUCGUUAUGGACGCAUUCUUCGAGAAGAACCAGACGGGUAUAAUAGUAUUCUCAAACUGCUCGUAUGCAUUCUGGACCGCGAACGACAGGUAUUACCUAUUCGAUCCGUACGCGUGCGACGAAAACGGUAACGUCGCCGAGGACGGAUACUCUUGCCUGAUGGAGUUCUGCGAUCUAAGUGCCAUAAUCGAGAAAAUCGAAAUGAAUGUCGGGGACAACACCAGGAAACCGUAUCGCCUGUACACCGUCUGCAUAGCCCAUAUGGAAACAAAAAGAAGAAGGAAGAAACGUAAAAGGAAAGCGGUUCGUUGCGUGGAGAAAACAGAACAGGAAAUCGGCGUUGAAGAACCGCCGGAAAUUGAGUUAUCCGCCGAAUCCUCUGUGUCCUUGAUCGAACAAUCCGACUGGGUCAAAGUCGAGUCGGAAACUAGUUUCGCGUACGACAUGACGAUUCCUGGAUUUGCCCCCAUUAAACAUUACAACGCUUCGAUCCUGGAGGUGACUGUAUUAGAGAACGAAAUCACUACACCAUUGUUAGCACCCUUCAAAAACUUCCCUAAUAAAAUAACAGACGAUAUGGACGAGUUCGAGAUAAGUAAACGAUUAGUCAGGAGAAAAACGUACGACAGAAAGUUCAAGGCUCACACAGUGGUGACGACCCCUCUGGAUCUCUGUAUCAUGGCCUGGUCUUUGAUUCACGAUCCAAUCACCUGGUCCGUGAGAACCACGAGGGGAUUAUUCGAGGCUGCUCUCGAUUACGCUUUCGAUACUUUACUAGCUGCCGAAGACUCAACCGUCAGCGACAUGACUGAUGGCAUGUUACCUGAAUUCGAGAUAGCCAAUUACGUUUUCCGUGUGGUAUUCGUUCCGUUGCAUUAUGGUACCCUGUAUGCAGUCGAGGGUUGGAAUCUGUCGAUGUCUCUGCAGAAGAUAUUCGACACACCCAGUUACACAGGCGCGAUUUUGAUCUGCGGCGUGGCGCAUAUUGGUGUUAUGAAGAAAGAGGAGAAUUACUUCGCCUGGUGGGUCGUUCCAGGCACUAAAAACUUGAGGAUCGUCACUUCUGCAGACACCAAGGAGUUCCUCAGAUUGAUCGUUAAGCAGAUCGAUCAACCGGAUGAGGAAACGUUUGUGAUGAGAGUGAUCACGGUGUCUUAUGCUCAGAAAAUGGAUCCUGAUUGCAGCGAUAUGAAGGGACUUCACGAACCGGUGAUUCCAGUUACUUCGUUGCCAGAGAUCCAUAGGAUGUCAGAGGAACCUUACGAUCUGGAAGCGAUUUUCAAGCCGUCCGUACCGGAUUCGAGGCCGAUAUUCAUUCGUGGAACGGUUGCUUUGAAUAAUAGGGACAGUAUCAUGGAACCGAGGGUCAAGAGGUGUUACUUCGUCGCCAUCUUAGCGGUGAUGGUGCAGAGGGAUAUAAUUCAGAGUCCGAUGCCGGGGAUGGUGGACAAGAUUCUGGAAGUCGCUGAAUCGGUUUACAGAGAGUUUCAGGAACCUAAGUUUCAUACCGAGCAUAUUUUACGGGACGUCACUGUGAUGAAUAGAAUCUUCGAUCUACGAGACUGUGCGUCCCCUUUGGUGACGCUCACAGUGAAUCCGCGGACCCUGAGAAACGAUUUCUAUGUUCAGGUAAGGAAGCACCUGAAAAAAUUCUUCAAAACGUACGCGAACGGAAUGAUACAUUUCACGAACUGCUGCUACGGGUUCUGGUACAGCCGAAUCACGAACGCUUAUUAUUACCUGGACCCGUACCAAUGCAACGAGAAAGGACGGAAGGUAUCGAGCGGGGGCAAGGCUUGUCUGUGCAUCUUUCCGACGGUCUGUCAGAUGGUGAAGAACAUGUGCUUCAAUCAGUUCGAGGACACGACAGGCUUCUUCAUUCAUCGUGUCCACGUGGACUCGAUCAACGUGCCUCCGUUCACGACGUUCAAGGAAGACCCGAUGUGGCUCUACCUGAACUACCACUGGAACUUCCGUCACGCGCCUGAGAUCGUCAAGUCGAACGGCAAGAAGAAAAAGAAGCCGGAUGACGAGGAUGUAAAGAAAGUGAAGCAGUUCUGGAACAACUACGCUGUCGAGGUGUCCAACCUGAUCUAUUCCGUGUGGGGAACGAUCGGUUCCUACGAUUCCAGGUUCGGCGAUCGAGCCGGUAGGAAUCAGGCAGCAAUCUGCGUUGCGGUCUUGGCGAUGCAGUACCUCAGUCAUCCAUCUCGCUGGGGCCCAGCGAUCUUGGACUCAGCCGUAAUCUGCGGAGACUCUUACUACACUGAGAGCCUGAGAAGCUCGGCCCAGAAAUGCGCGAAACACUUUAAUCACUUCAACCUGCAGACCUGCUUCAAGAUCUUUCCCCAUUUGUGGGUGAUCGAUUUCAGGGACAACAUCUGCGGCGUCCUCUACGGCGCGAAAAACAGGAUGACUCUGGCUGCCGCGUUGAACAAAGCGUUCGACGAGUCACCGAACGUUCUGAUCGAGUGCAACAAGGUCACUCUGGCAGCGUUAGCUGCCAAGGAUGGGUUCUACGUCGCUGAUCCCUGUUGGGUUGGUCCACCGUUGUUCCAAAAGGACCACGGGGCGAUCUAUGUGCUACGUUGCAGGAACAUGAAUUGUUUGGUCUACGCGGUGGUCAAGAUGCUGAACACGAACAAGAGGGUGGACUUCCGGCUGGUCCCGGUGUCGUUCGCGUUCGAGCAAGAGGAUUUCAACUUCGUGGACGGGAAGGUCUACGAGACCAAGAAGAAGGUUCUACUGGAUCCGGUGAGAACCAGCCCAGGACGAAGUUUCGAGCCUGGCCCGGUGAUGCCAGGCGCGGAGGUUGCACCGGAUGGGGAGUCCUACCUGGUUUACAGGAAGAACUUAGGUCUGGGUAUCAAUAAGGGCCAUCAGCUGGAGAAUCCCGAGUUACCGUCCGUCGAACCUGUAUUAGGCCGGAACGCAAUGACCAGCGCGCUAAUUAGCACUACCUGGCAUCUGAAUUUGGGCCAGGAAGUGCCGCUGGAGAAGGCUGAGCCCCAGUUCGAUCCCACGCUCAUCGCUUACGAUCCGGAGAAGUGUGAGAAACGUGUGGUGGAUUCGUUUAUGCCCCAUAAUCCUGUGCAGAUGUCGAUCACCGAUCUAUUGGCGGCUUGCGAUGAUUAUCCAAGAGUGGUGGACUUCAGGAGCGAGGUGACCAAUGUUGAUACGCCCGUGGUAUGCGCUGCUGCACCCAAUUUCCUCACCCAAACUGCUCGUCAAGAGUUCAACACUUGGACGGAGGAUAUGGGACAGGAGGUCUACAAGACUUACCAGCAUCGAAUGCCGAAACCACUGAAAUCGGAGAUCAGCCAGUCGAUUGCUGAAGAGGACGACGAGGAUGAAGUACUGUAUAAUACGGAGGCGACCGAGGGCACGGAAGAUGAGACUGCUACGGAAGCGGAAGCCACGACUGAAGACGAUUGA